AUGUAUAUGAAAUCACGCAAACUGACGCUGUCGUUUCCCCUGUACGCGCAGGGCUCUAGCUCGACCGUGGACGUCGCUCUACUGGCGGAGGCGCACGGCCUGGUGACAGACAUGCUGCUGGACCCGAACCUCCCGCCGCACGUGGUGAGCGGGUUGCGAGCGCUGGCCACGCUACUGUCGCCCCCGAGCCACGGGCCGCCCCAGCCACGGCCCCGGCCCGGGGGAGCCUCAGUCUCGCUGGCCGACUUCAACUGCGGCUCGGACACGGAGGAGAUACCGUACACCGGAGAAAGACCGUCGGCCCUGCCGAAACGGCUGCGCCGCAAUCUUCCUCCGGGCCUGCUCCGGCGCAUGUCGACGAGCACGUGGACGACGACGACCUCGGCGACGGGCAUGCCCACGCUGGAGCCAGAGCCCAGCCGAAAGAGGAGCACUAGUUUCAGGCAUGCGGCAGCCGCCGCCGAGGGGUCCGCGGCCGCGCAGCACCAGCAAUUCCUUGCGAACCAUGCAGCAGCGUCCAGCGGUUCGUCGGCUCGCGGCACGGCGUCCGGUGGUCCGUCGUCGGCGCUGCAGCCGAAGGGCCGCUCUUUCUCCACGACGGCCAUCCCGUCGUCAGCGCUGUCCCGGCGAGGGGUACGCGAACGCAAGACGGUGUGCAGCCUCCACCCGCUGAGCCUUGCCGCCGGGACAACGCCCGGCGCGGCGGCGGGCGAGGCCGCCGCCUCGCACCAGCAGGCCACGCUACCUUCUGUGCGCCGGCUGCACACGUCCGACUACGACUCCAGCAAUGACUCGCCCAGCGGGUCGGACACAAACGACCCGGCGAGCGGGCCCAACGUGCUGGAGGGCGCACUGAGGUCGCCGCAGCAGGCGACGGCCGUGGUAGCAACGGCGACAACGGCGGCGACGACGGCGGGACCCGUUCGCUGCGGACUCUGCGGGGCUCGGGACUCGGGAUCGGGGAACGAGGGUGACUUCGACCGAGAAGAAGGCGGUGGCCUCUAUGUGGGCGACACCCUCUUCCUGCCCGACGAAAUUGUUCGCGACCCACUGCUGGGACGGAUAGCCGAGUGGGACUACCCUAUAUUUGAUCUCAACAGGCUAAAUCCGGAUACCAUACUCAGCAAGAUGUGUUAUCGCGUAUUUUUAGAAGUUGGUCUGUUCGAUGCCUUCAAAAUCCCGGAGCCCGAGUUUCUUCAUUACUUCCACGCACUCGAGAGUGGUUACAGAGAAAAACCAUAUCACAAUCGAAUGCACGCCGCGGACGUCCUCCACGGGGUGUACUACCUGACGUCACAAGCCAUCCCUGGCUUCGUGCAAGCCGUGCCGGACACCACGGACUCGCCGCUUCACAAGACAGCCGGGAACUUCUUAGCAGAAGAAACUUACGGUAUCAUGGGAGCCAACUUUCCGGCGUUAGAACUCAUGGCCCUCUACACAGCAGCUGCCAUGCACGACUAUGACCACCCUGGCAGAACGAAUGCCUUUUUGGUCUCCACGUACGCACCACAGGCGGUAUUAUACAACGACCGGUCGGUGCUGGAGAACUACCACGCAGCGUCUGCAUGGACGUUAUUUCUGUCCGAGCCAAAAUUCAACUUCCUCGUGCACCUGGACAAGGCGGAGUUCAAGCGGUUUCGCUUCCUCGUCAUUGAGUGCAUUCUCGCCACCGAUCUCAAGAGGCAUUUCGAGAUCCUUGCCGAAUUUAAUGCGAAGGCAAAUGACACAGAUGCCCCGGGGAUCGAUUGGAACAACGAGACUGACAGGCUGCUUGUGAUGGAGAUGGCUAUAAAGCUGGCCGACAUCAACGGGCCAUGCAAGAGGCACGACAUCCAUGUACAGUGGACGUACAGGAUAGCCGAGGAAUUUUACGAGCAGGGCGACGAAGAGGCGACGCUAGGCAUGCAAGUGUCGCCGUUCAUGGACCGCUGCAACCCGCAGCUGGCAAAACUACAGGAGUCCUUCAUCAACCACCUGGUGGCUCCUCUGUGCAAUGCAUACGGCGAGGCCUGCCUGCUGCCCGGCCACUGGGUCGAGGCUUCGGACAGUGAAGACGAAGGUGGCACCGACAAAACUGAUUCCCAAACCGGAAGAGAUACGGAAGAGGAAAUGGAAGCGGAAACAUCUGCAAGCGGUCGACCGUGGAAGAGGCCCAGUCAGCAGCUUCAGCCACGGAAGGUGAGCUGCCUCCAGACGAAGCACCUCCAAGACAACUACGAGCACUGGGUGAACAUCCUGAAAGAGGAGAACCGGCUCAAGGAGCAGCAACAGCAGCAGGGCGCCGCCGCUUCGUCAUCUUCGACAUCUCCUAGGGCAACCACGGCGCCCACGGCCGAAGAAGAUCGUGCCGCCGCCUCGGAGGAUGACGAGGACGACGAUGAGGACGGCGAGUCGGACGACUGCGAUGACGACGACGAGGAGGAGUCGCAAGCUGGUGUCGUCGGGGCUGACGUGGUGGUUGCUGCAGCGCCAUCACCACACCAGGAAGAGAUGGAAACCAUCCAGGAAGUGGAGGAAGGCGCACUCGGAGGCCAGGGCUCAACCAAGACGUCGCCAUGCUCAGGAAGCUGCUAGCAGUGCUGUGAGGACGCAGGGCGGUGCGAAGACGCUUGCUGCCGUCGACGACGCUGUUGUUUCUGGUGCGUCACACCCACGUCCACUUCCGCCGCCACCGCUGAGCGCAGGACCAGCGACACCCGGUCGCGAACAACGGUCUAGCUUCCCCACCUCGACCGAGGAAGGUUCUUCUCGCCGGAAAAGACCGCUGGGGCGCUCCACCUGAGAACUCCCCCUACCCAACCAGCCGCCGAGAGGAUGGGCUCAGCGAGAAACAACAGCCUCUGGCGACAAUCAUCAUAUCAAGGAGCAGGCCCGCGGUACACAGGACACGCCACAGACAGACACACGUCUUCGCCAGUCUCGCCCCGGAGGCUUACGCACGCUGGCAGAAAGGCGCCGGCUGUAGCUCGCUCCGCUUAGCGCCUUAGUUCUUGAAGACGUGUGUGACGUCACAAACAGCUUGAUGUAAUUAAUGAUACGUGAAGGGUCACACGGUGGUUUGCUUGUCUGGUUGCACAAUGUGCAAUGACACUGCAGUAAGGAGCCACGUCCUGAAAUGCCAGCUAUCCCUCCUUCCACUUGACGCAUGCGCUGUCGCAGUGUGUGGGACAACACAUUAGUUGAAGGGCUUCCCAGAAGCUGACUCGUUAGAUUUGCGAUCAUGCCAAUGUGAUUACAGUCGCAUAGUAAUUCUUUAAGGCCAAGGAUUCAUCUGCGUACAGUGUCACAACGCGUGAGGAUGAAUGCAAACUCAGACAACAUUCAUUGUGCGGCAUAUCACUCAACCUUACGUGUAAGACAGGCUCGCAAAAUGUCUCCUUGGCAUCAAGACAUUCGGACAUGAGCUUCCUUACUAAUGCGACAAGCAGUAACUUUCGGUAGAGCUAAUCUAUGCGGAUUCCUUCAGGUGCCGUGUACAGUAACUCGACCUUUCGGCAAAUGGAGGUGGCAUCUAUCAGCGGUUCGCGGAAUGAGUGACAGUCGACGCCUUCCCCGAAGCCUUGCUAGGACCAAAUGGUGCCUGGUGUGAAAACCAGUGCUCUGUAUUCAAGACUUUUUUUUUUUCAUUCGUCUUCUUUGCCGACGUGUAUCUUUUUUACGUUCCUGAUUUUUUUUUUUUGUUUCUGCGGCAAUGAGCUUGGCGAGCAAACACUUCUUCCUCAGGUCGGCAGACGCUCGAACAUUGGGCAGAUAGAAGGCACAGGUUGCUGCCAAACUUCGUUUAUCACUUCCAACCCAUAGCCAAAAUGCACACCUAAGCCUGCCACAUUUCGGUGGUAACGUUGCUGAGAGUAUUGUGAAUAUAUUGCGAGAAUGUUGCCACCCAUCAGCCCUGCUGAGGGCACAAACUGUGAAGCAUAUAAACCAACAUUUAAGGCAAGUCGGCAACGCGAACCCGGCACAGUGACUGGCACAAAUUUCAGGCUUCCGUGCAUCGCUGUACUGAAGCCUGCGAACCUUUUCUUUCAGUAAAAAAAGAACAACGCAUUUUACAUAACGCACAUGUCUCUUCUAACAUUAACUACCUUAUAAGAUCUAAUGUGCUAAGUCUACACAUCACUGUUUCUGUAGUUAUGGGGUUUCACAUUUUUAAACAGCAGAGUAAUUUAAAAAGGAAGAUAUAGGGGUUAAUGUGCGUAGAGUUUUCGCCACGCGAGGUUCAUUAUUACACACACUGGACAGAUAUACUAUCAAGUGCUUAUGUAUGAUCAUGAGUUUACGUAUGAUAAUUUUGGGCACCUAUUUUUUGAAGUGUACGAGUCUGUUUUAUAAUUUUUUGGAACAUCCAUGAGUAUAUGUUGGUGAUCGUGUAUUAUUCAGUUAUUGAGCCCGUCCCAGAGAAUUGGAAUCGAGGAAAUGCAGUAAGGCUAGCUAUAUUGUUUGGUUUGCUACCCUACUCACUUAAAGGUGAGUGAGAGAGUAAAACAGAGAAAAAAGAUGGAGGCAUGUGUGCAUUAUUUGCAUUCAAGGUGCACCAUAUGUACAGUACACAUUCACUAUAAUAUUCCUUUAGUGUACCUUCUCGAUUGCCCUUCGUCUAUAGGCUUAUCUUCCUUGCAUUUCAUGCUGAAUAUGCAAGGAAUCUUGCAUUCCACUCCGAUCACAAUGUCGUCGUCAGUACUGGGAAUCGAGCCCUUUUCAUUGUAUGUAGGAACACAAUGCCAUAGCCACUGAGUUACCGUGGAGAGUACGUGUAUAUUGCAGUGAUGGUGCAGGAGCGUUGGUAUUGCAACCCGUACGUAAUGAACGACUACUUGGUUUGAACCUACACAUUGUAAUUUUUAAUUCUCAGUUCAGGGAACGUAGUGAAGCAAGACUUUUAUCAAAAGGCUUGUUUGUCAUAGAGCCUAUCUUUGAGAUUUCAAUGUAAUGUGUAACCAGAAUCUAGAGAGGCUGAUUUAGUGUACAAUCAGGCUUCCAUUUUAUGGGCCUUGUGAGAGGUGUUUCACAUGGAACCUAACUUUUGUGAGUUAGUUCAACAGGCGUUGACGCCUGUUCGUGACCUGUCAUGACUAUCAAUAUAGAUUAGCGAGAAAAAAUUAUAUAUUUCACUGAUCUGUAGACGAGAUUGACUUUUCUGUUAAGAAAUGCAACAUUUCAAGUCGGCUGGCUUGUGCCGGUUUACUCUGGUUCCCUUACGGCAUUGCUUAGUUUGGUGCCUUAUGUCAUUCACCUCAAGACUGAUUUACGCUUGGAUUGGCAAGUCACUGCUCCGGGUAGUAUCUAAGUAUGUCGACUUAGGCACUUUACCUCUAAUAUAGUAGCAGUUCAGUGUAUGUACAUCAGCCACUCAAGCAGGUUCGUCUGCAGGCAGGCAGAACUCUUUUUAUUUCACUAUGUGAAAAACAUCUUUCAAGACCCGAUAUUCAGGUGUGGCAUGCACCAGUGUUUCGUCAUCCACCUGAUUGUUCCUGUCAAAACGUAUAGGGUGCUGGUAUGCACUAAAAAUUCAGGUGCCGAUGUACACCUGAUUGUUUUUGUUAAUAACAUUAUCAUUGCGGCAUGAAUCAAACGAUAUUCACCGGUCAUCAUCUUUAGACUGUAACAAUGCGAGUGAAUUCUAGUCCAUUACUACGCUACCUCUAAUUUCACGAGGGCAGCUCUGCUGCAUAGCCAUGACUUGUUUUGAUGCUUACUCCAGUCUUGUCAGGUGUCCUCAGUUUAUAUGUAUGUUUUCUCGUGCUUUUGUUGAAGACUGUGAUUAUUGCAUCUAUACAUUCGAUCACUCUUCAUUGACGAAUGCUGACGAAGCUACACCUUUGUUUCAUAAAAAUUGUGAUUAAUUUUGUGCAUACAUAAAAAAACUGCAUCUAUCUUCCCACCA